CGGAGUAGUGCGUCAGUCAAUGACACCAUCUUGACUUGUUUGUGUUCGUACGCUUAGGAGCUCCAAGCCCGAGUUUCGGUGCCUUCAACUAACUUUCGCGUCGCCGAAUUUCGAGAUACUGACGAAGGACGAUCACUGUCCUCGCGCCCCAACUGCCACUGCCCAAGGUUGGCUGGCGGGACAGCUGAGAAUUUUGUACCUGGACCACUUUUAAGCACUCAAGAUGUCGGCCAGUGGGCCCUCUCCCAAGAAGGCACGAAAGGAGGGUUCCGUUGAGGGUGAGGAAGGCAGGGACUACGAUGUCGAAACACAGAAGGCUUUAGAAGAGAUCGAUGCCUGUCAAAACGAAAUUGAUGUCUUGAAUGAGAAAGCCAGUGAAGAAAUUUUGAAAGUAGAGCAGAAAUACAACAAACUCAGAAAACCUUUCUUCGAAAAGCGUAACGAUAUUAUCAAGAGGAUACCAAACUUUUGGGUUACUGCUUUCGUGAACCACCCACAGAUCUCUGAUAUUCUUGAAGAGGACGAAGAAGAUGCUCUUCAUUACAUGACUAAAUUAGAGGUGGAAGAAUUCGAAGAUAUUAAGUCUGGAUACAGAAUCAAUUUCCACUUUGGUGAGAACCCAUAUUUUGAAAAUGAGGUUCUAACGAAGGAAUUCCACCUCGGCUCGUCAGGCGAUCCAGCUUCUCAGAGUACUACAAUCAAAUGGAAGGGUGAAAAUGAUCUCUCAAAGAAAAACAAAGAGAGAAAUGGUGUCAACAAAGGCAGAAAAAGAUUUCUGGAGACAAAAACCUUCUUCAAUUGGUUUACUGACCACACAGACCCCUCUGCAGAUGAUGUUGCAGAAUUGAUAAAGGAUGACUUAUGGCCCAACCCUCUUCAGUACUACCUUGUGCCUGACAUUGAAGUUGAAAAUGGUGUGGAAGGUGAAGAUGAUGUCAGUGAAGACGACUCUGUUGUAGUCGAAGUAGAAGGAGAGGAGGAGGAAGAUGAUGGUGGUGACGUUGAAGGUGAAGAAGGUGGUGAGGAAGGAGAAGACGGAGGCGAAGAGGGAGUAGAUGAAGAUGAUAAUGAAGAAGAUGCUUGAAAACCAUGUGAUGAUGUGAUGGACACAGUUGAAGGGAACGUCUCCAAAUCAUAUAUUAUCGUUUCCUCUUUUAGGAUGCAAUCACUGUUAAAGAGAAGAAUCAAGACAGUUUUAAUGUAAUUGAUGUUUAGAUAUCUCUGAAUCAUUUCUAUUGAUUUCUUUUUGAGUGCUGUAUUAAUGUUUUCUUUACAGUUCAAGUAGACAUUGUCUUACUCUGGGUUUUUGUCUGCAUCAAUUAUGCUGGAUUUUCCUGUGCAUGCUGCUGUCUUUACUGUAUGUUUGAAACUAGUGAUGUGUGUGUAAGUGUGUGUAUGACCAGGAUUAUUUUUAUAUUUUGUAUUUCAUUUAGCAGCGGGUGGCCACUUAUGAGUUUUUUUUUGUUAAAACAGCAUUUUUAGAAAGUCUUGUUUUCUUCUUUUCAAAUUAAUUCUAAAUUAAAUAUCCUGAAUUUUCAAUUCAAUGUCACCAUCAAGACAGCUUUAGAGUGUAGCAAUGUUAUCUCUGUACUAGUAAAAUUGACCUUAAAUAUAUUACAUGGUAUACUUAAUCUUACAGUCUGA